AAAGAGGCCACCUUUUUUUUGGUGGACUUUCUUUUUUUCGUCUUCGCAAUUAAUAAUGCGGCAAGUGCGCCUGAUAUUCAACUCGUUACUGUUCUUUUUCUUUUUUCCAUGGUUCAGAAAACGUUUAUUUGGUCCGCUAUUGUUGCCACACUUGGUUUGGCUGCCAAUGUGAUGGCAGAAGAAAGUGAUGUGUUGACCCUCACUCAAAAGAACUUUGCUACCGAAGUUCUUGAUAAGGACUUGAUGCUUGUCGAGUUCUUUGCUCCCUGGUGUGGCCACUGCCGUGCCUUGGCCCCCGAGUACGAGAAAGCGGCUACCGAACUCAAGGCCAAGGACAUUCCUAUCGCCAAGGUCGACUGUACCGAGAACCAGGAUCUCUGCCAAGAAUACGAAGUCCAAGGUUACCCUACGCUCAAGGUCUUCCGUAAAGGCGAGACCGCCGACUAUCAGGGACCAAGAAAAGCCGAUGGCAUUGUGAACUACAUGGUCAAGCAGUCGCUGCCUGCCCUUUCCGAAGUGGCUUCGGCCGAAAACUUGGCUGCAUUCAAGCAGUCGGACCGUGUAGUUGUUGUGGGUUACGCAAACGAUGCUGCUUCCAAAGCGGCUCUUGAGAAGAUCGCUUCCAGCCUUCGGGAGGAAUAUGUGUUUGGUAUCGUGUCGGAUGAAGCGUUGGCCAAAUCGGAGAACGUCGAAAAGUUCCCAUCGCUGGUGCUCUACAAACAGUUUGACGAAGGCCGUAACGACCGUGUGGGUGCUUUCGAUGAUCAGGAAGCCAUUGAACAGUUUAUCAAGGCCAACGCCAUGCCUUUGCUCGACGAUGUCAGCCCACAAAACUUCAAGUCGUACGUCGAUGCGGGCUUACCACUCGCCUUUAUCUUUACAGAAUCCAAGGAAGACUCCCAGAAAUUAACCGAAGUCUUCCUGCCAUUUGCUCAACAGUACAAGGGCAAAAUCAGCUUUGUCCGUAUCGAUGCCAACGAUUUUGGUCCUCACGCCAGAAAUGUCGGUUUGAAGGAAGGUCACUGGCCCGCUUUUGCCAUUCAGCAUCUGGAUGAUGCCUCUAAAUUCCCCUUGGACCAGUCCACCGAAUUGACCUCGGAAAACGUCAAGGAUUUCCUUGAAAAGUAUAUCAGUGGUGACAUGGAACCGGCCAUCAGUUCCCAAGACAUUCCCGCCACCAACGACGGACCGGUCAAGGUCGUGGUGGCCAAGCAGUUCAAUGAAAUUGUCCUUGACAAGUCCAAGGAUGUGUUCUUGGAAGUGUAUGCUCCGUGGUGCGGUCACUGCAAGAACUUGGCGCCCACGUGGGACCAGUUGGGUCAAAUGGCUAAGGAACAAACCGGUGGAGCGCUGGUCAUUGGUAAAAUGGAUGGUACCGAGAACGAUAUUCCCAAGGAAGGCGGAUUCACCGUGGCCGGAUUCCCGACUCUGAAAUUCUUCAAGGCAGAAACCAACGAGAUGAUUGAUUAUCACGGUGAUCGAUCGCUGGAUGAUCUGAUCCAAUUUAUCAAUCUUCACAGCUCCCAACCCAUCAGCCUGUCAUCCACUGCCGACCAAGACGCCACCAAGGAUGAUGCCGACCUCGAUCACGAUGAACUCUAGACUUAGUUUUAGAAGAAAAAAAGUAAUGCCCUGUAUUCUAUUUUAGAAACCUAUCCUAUCUUUCUAUAUCAUACGAGUAAAAACCGCUCCGAAAAUUGAAUUGUCAUGACC